UGAUCCUGCAUGCUCUUCAACCUCCCAGCUGUGAUAUAAAUCUAGGAGCUUCACUCAUUCUCCUGCUGGUGUUCUUUGUUUUGUUUCUUUCCAUCCUUUUUUUUUUUUCAACCCCGCGGGAGGGUGACAACUUGUGUUUUUUCCUGCCUCAUCAUCAUGGCUUUCUCCCGAUCGUUGGUUGUCGCGACCUCCGCACUUUUCCUCGCAUUCCCGGCGCAGGCCGUGGGAGGAUCAUCAGAGCUCCAAAAUAUUCUCAAAAACACACACAAAAGUCCUGCAUAUGGAUAUCCUACAGACUUCACAAGAGGGAUUAUGCCUAUCCCAGUUCACUCUCACAAUGACUAUUGGAGAGAUAUCCCCUUUUACACAGCCCUUUCGAAAGGAUGUAUUUCUACGGAAGCGGAUGUUUGGCUGUACAAUGGCACUCUUUAUGUUGGUCACGACGAGUCGUCACUGACCGAGGAACGCACUCUGGAAUCGCUCUACAUCAAUCCCAUCCUCGAUGUACUAGAACGCCAGAACCCCAAGAGCAGGUUCCUGACGUCCCCAACAAACAACGGCGUCUUUGACACCGACACAUCUCAAACGCUCUACUUCUUCAUCGACGUCAAAACCGCUGGCCCCGAGACAUUUGAAGCUGUUAUUUCUGCUCUUGAGCCGCUUCGUCGACAGGGUUACCUAACAACCCUCAAAAACAACAAGACACUCACUGAGGCACCCAUUACCGUGAUCGGAACAGGCAACACUCCCUACGACAUGGUUGGCCCUGUGGCGGACCGUGAUUAUUUCUACGAUGGCCCUCUGUCAGAACUAAGCAACUCCGAAUAUGCCGAUCUCACAUCGCUCAUCUCGCCUAUUGCUUCGACUAGCUUCACUUCUGCGGUUGGAGAUCUUGCUCUGUCUGGCGGCGACACCGUGCUUAGCGAACAGCAGCUGGAGGUACUUCGAUCGCAAAUCUCCGUUGCAAAGGAAAGGGGCAUUCUUUCCAGGUAUUGGGGAGCUCCUUACUACCCGAUUAGAGCGCGCAACCUGCUUUGGAGGACCCUCAUCCAGGAGGGUGUUGGGCUGCUAAAUGCGGAUGACUUGGACGCUGCUGCUACGUACUUCUAAACUUGGGUACAUAGACUAUUGUAAUUCUUAGCUGAAUGAGAAAGUGGAUCUUUCGACUCUCCAUCUUGAC